AAAAUUUAUAGAUGCAAAGAUUGUAAAAAAGUAUUUAGUGAUUCCUCAACGUUGCAACGUCAUCGUUCUGUCCAUAGCGCUGAACGUCCCUUUAAAUGUAGAACCUGUUUUGCUGCAUUUAAGUUAAAGCAUCAUCUUCAACGUCAUGAAAAGCUCCAUGCUAGCUUAGUAACAUGUACAGAUUGCCAUCGUACAUUUUCGCAUUUAUCGCAGUUACAUAAUCAUAUCCGA